AUGUCUGACGAGUACUCCGAGUACUACGAGUCGGACGACGGGGCCGGGGAGCCGGGCCAUCGGGAACGGGCGGCGGCGGGGCGGGCGAGGAGAUGGGGACGACGCGACUGGCGACUGCUUCAUCGGAUCUUCCGUUAUCUGAGUGUGACGGAACUGGCGACUGCAGCGGCCGUGUGUCGCAAGUGGAAUGUCUCCAUCGACAACGAUACCCGAUGGUCGUCGCUCUGUCAGGAGAUGGGCAUCUACAAGCGCCCGUUCAAGGAUCUGCCGUGGCGACGAGUGUACAUCCGGGCGCUAGCGACAGCCAAGAACUUCAACUCGCGGACGUCUUCGUACACCUCGUGUCUCCUCCGCAAGGGCCACAAGGACGCGGUGUGGGCCCUGGCGCUGGGCAAGACCAAGGUCUACUCGGGCGGCUCAGACAGAGUGGCAAAGAUGUGGGAUGUCAACGCGCUCAACUGCCGCGAGACUCUGAAGAGCUUUGAGGGCGGCGUGUGGGCGCUGGACUACGAUCCGGUGAGCGGGCUGGUGGCUGCCGGCGACACUGAGGGCUUUGUGCACGUCUUUGACGGCGAGACCGGCGAGACCAAGAGCUCGUUCCAGGCCCACACCACAACGGUCUCUGCGCUGCAGCUCGACGGCGGCUCGCUCAUCACGGGCUCGUUUGACAACUCUGUGGUGGUCCAUGACCUCGAGACCCAAGUCCAGACACACGUGCUGCAGGGCGCACGCGCCGGCGGGCACAAGUUUCACGUCUGGUGCCUGCAGGCUGCGCACGGGCGGGUGGUCUCGGGCGGGUGGGACUGCAAGCUAAAGGUGUGGGACCUCAAGUCGGCAACGUGCACUGCCAACUUGGUUGGCCACUCGGGCCCUGUUCGUGCUGUGGCGUUUGAUGGGGCGCGCGUGGUGUCUGGCUCGUGGGACAAGAGCCUCAAGAUGUGGGAUCUGGCGUAUCCCGCAUCCCCACUCCACACGCUCACCGGCCACAGCGGGCCGGUCUCGUCGCUUGCCGUCGACGAGUCCAAGAUUGUCUCGGGCUCGUACGACGGUACCGUUCGCAUCUGGGCCCUGGCCGGGGCGCCGCCGCCGUGCAUCCGCACGCUCAAGGCCAACACUGGCGGCGUCCUCGCUGUCGCCCUCGACUGGAGGAGAGUCUAUGCCGCUGGCAAAGACAAGAAAAUCCGGGUCUUCGACUUUGCUGCCGAAUGAGCAGCGUACGCGCCGCCGCCCUCAAGCCUGCGCAUACGCCUCGGCCAUGAGAGCACGGAGUGGGCCGAGGUCGACGGCAGUCACUGCCGUGUGCAGCAGGCCGACACAUGAGAUGUUUCCCGUCUUGCCGAGCGCCCGCGAGAGCUCGUCGCGCGUGAGCGCAAAGACA